UGGAAAACAUCAAUGUUGGGGCAGGGAUAUGACGGGGGCAACACCUAUAGUGCAAACACACGCCCAAUGAAACACACCCAGCUCACCACCCAAUUCAAACUCCUGUGCGAGUUGAGUAACGCCUGCCUGGUGGCCGCGGGAUAGGAUGUUUCUGGCGGGAUGCUUGCUCUACCUGCUGUCCGUUCCUCCCGCAGCUGCGAGUCUGAGCCCCGGGGAGCGGACUCUGUGCCACCUGGUGUCCGGGGACCGGGCCGUUCGCUCGUUGACCUUCCUGGCCCGGCUUGGUGGUGGCCCGGGUCGCCUAGUCCUCUUCCACACGUUGUGGAGCGGGCGGGGGCUGGAGCGGUGCACGGUGCAGUCGGGGUUCCUCAUCACCCGCCACUACCUCGCCUUCUGCCUGGAGCGGCGGCACCGCCCGGGACCGGAGGGGGAGAAGGAGAAGGAGGGACGUUUCCUCCGGGUGGGAGAACCGGAGUCGCGGCUGCGGAUCCUGCAGCAACUCGCCGCCGCCCGGUGCAGACUGACCGUCACCCCGGGAUCACCCCGGCGGCGGGAGAGAGCGGCCACCAGGCGCCACCGCCGGAGCUGGACCGUCCCCGGGACCAUCUGGUGCGGAGCAGGCGACACCGCAGAAAAAUUCAGCGACCUCGGUAGAUUCGAUCAGACAGACUUCUGCUGCAGAGAACAUGACCAUUGUGAGCGUAAAAUUGCUGCCUUUGAAUACAAAUAUGGCACGCUAAACAUCAGGUUGCACACCGUUUCCCAUUGUGACUGUGAUGACAGGUUCAAGAAAUGUCUGCUUGGUGUGAAUAAUACCAUCUCUAAAAUGGUUGGAUUAACUUUCUUCAACCUACUCAAGGUUCCCUGUUUCAGUCUGGAACCAGUUAAACAUUGUGUAAAGAAGUCGUGGUUGAGCAGCUGCCAAGUCACCGAGGCUGCGCCCAAGGCCAUUUUCCACAGUCAGUCCACAUUUUACGACACCCAGCCCCCUGCGGGUGGCGCCGGAGAGGCAUCGUGGCCUACACCCACAGGCAGCCCAAAGACAACCACUAGAGUGAACCAAAAUGCCAACGGAGUCUCGCGCGGAUUUGUUUAUCCGUCGUCACGGCUCGACACGGCGCAGGGAGCCCGAAGUAUGAACAAAAAGAAAUGCAAGAAGUGCGGCGGUCGCCAGAAGCAAGGAACCAAAGCUCCUUCUCAAGACGUUUUGAAGUGGAGGGCAGGCAGUCCCAGAACAUGUAACUGUUGCAGACCUCUGGAUCGGUGUGAGCACAAGAUCUUGCCCUGGGAAUUCAAGUUCUCGCAUUACAACCAGGGGCCCAAGACCCUCUAUCACUGCGACUGCACCAGAAGGUUGGCAAAACAGAUGAAGGGGGAAGUGAACGUGAACAGGCUGAAGGAACUGUUCUUCAAAUUUGUGUCGCACAAUUGUUUCCAGCUGAAGAUGUCGUCGAAGAACUGCAACCAAGAAGAACUUGUUGGGUGUGACAAUCGAUCCAGUUCCCCCAUGGCUGUCCUUUUCAAACCGAGAUACCUCCAGAGGUUUCUGAAAGUUCAGAGGACUGCAGAGGAAUCUCUGUCUCCAUUACCAGAUGGGCAGGAAGGCAACCAGAACGCGACAUUUAACAGCACAAACUCUGUUAAACUGUAUGACAAGUGUUUGCAGAUGAUUCGUGCUUUAACUGUUAAGCCUUAAAGGCCACUUUGUGGGCCACGGUAGCAUGGGUUAUGCUUUUACAUGGCUCCAUGAGUCUCGAUAGAACCGGGCUCCCUUGGAUAAGUUACUCCAGCAUUUCAUGUCAAUCUGUGGUAUCAACCAGCUUAGAGACGUCCAGCGUGGAAACAGGUCCUUCCGCCCAACUUGCACACGCUAACCAACAUGUUCCAUCUACAUUAGUCCCAGCUGCCCGCGCUUGGCCCUUAACCCUCUAAACCGGGGGUGUCAAACUCGCGGCCCAUAGACCGCAUUUGGCCCGCGUGAUGAUUUCCCCUGUCCGCAGUGCCGGAUCGGACUGCGUGCGCGGUGCAAUCCAGCGCGCAUGAAGUCGCAUUUUGCCCGUGACCUAAAAUGAGUUUGACACUCCUGCUCUAAACCUAUAGAGAAUAUAGAGAAUAAAAGGACGUACCUUUGGAAAGGAGAUGAGGUGGAAUUUCUUAAGUCAGAGGGUGGUGAACCUGUGUAAUUCUUUGCCACAGAAGGCUGUGGCGGCCAAGCAAUUGGAUAUUUUUAGGGUUAGUAAGGGUUACGGGGCGAAGGCUGGUGAACGAGGUUGAGAGGGAACGAUAGAUCAGCCAUGAUUGAAUGGCGGAGUAGACUUGAUGGGCCGAAUGGCCUAAUUCUGCUCCGACAACUGGUCUCGACCCGAAACGUCAUCCAUUCCUUCUCUCCAGAGAUGCUCUCUUACACCAGGUUAUUGUGUCUACUGUAUCUUCAGCCCAAACACUAUUGGCCGAAGGGCCUGUUCCUGUGUUGUACUGUUCUAUGUUCUAAAGAUGACUUGACUAUAGCAGGGUCACGUGACCGACCAUUCACAAUCUUUACAAAAAAUCUCUGAACAUCAAAAUUCAUAUUCUAAAUUUUAUUAUUUUAUCAAUGAAGCUUUUAAUAUCCAUAGAGCACAACAAGAUCGGUAGCUGACUUUAGUCAAUGGUGGAGAGGAAGACCUGCACAGACUGUACAUGUAUAGGAAUUCUAGCCAGACACUGUUCACAUUUCAAUGUACAUGCGUGAGAAGCUGACAGUAAAAGUGAGUCCAAUAAAUGUAAGAAAUUCUUCAUAUCCAGCAUUCAGCAUAGUUUGACAGAAGGAACUGCAGAUGCUGGUUUAAACGGAAGAUAGACACAAAAAAGCUGGAGUAACUCAGCGGGCAGGCAGCAUCUGGGGGAAAAGGAACAGGUGACGUUUCGGGUUGGGACCCUUCUUCAGACUGAGAGUCGGGGGGGGGGGGGGGAAGGGAAAUGAGAGAUAUGAACUGCGCAGAAUAAAUGAAUGAAUUAUAUGCAAAACAGGAACAAAGGUCAAGGAUAGGUGGAGCCCACAAUGGUCCCUUGUUGGUUGUGGGGUAGGUGAUAACGGAUCAUACAGACAGUGAAUCUCAACAGGAGGACAGUGAUACUAGUAUGACGUCUAGGGUAGGGGAGGGAUAGAGAGUGGGGUGGGGGGGGGGGAAAUGCAAGGGUUACUUGAAGUUAGAGAAAUAAUUCGUAGCUCAGUGCUAUAUGUAGGCUUCACAAUUACAAAUAAAUGGUGCCAUAAAAA